CGUGUUUAUUAGACUGCGAGGACCAGAGCUGAUUUAUUUCGGCGCUGCUGUCGGAUUUGGGACCGACUCCAUCUCCGUUACAGUUCAGCAGUGCUUCGGCUAGCCCCGUUAGUUAGCCUGGCAGCUGGCUUUUUACUGCGCGAGCUGCAUGGGUGUCGACUUAAAUGCACGGGAUAUGCGAGUCCAAAAUUGUUGAGAAAAUUUACAACGUUUUUUAAAGAUAUUUGUCGCCUUAAUGGUUGAAUGUUGAGCUGUUACAUUCUGGAUUUUGAGCUGCGUCUUUGUGCCAGCGGGGCUGCUAGUAGUUGACGUAUUGCGAGUUGUUGGUUGCUACAGAUACUGCUGCUGCUGCUGCAGGUAGCUCCUUUAAAAAAAUAAUUAUUUAUUUAUAUCACUGUGCGUUCACUCUUGACUUCAGGAUGUAUGCAGCUCAGUCGCUUGAGUAAAACCAAAAGUUGCAGAUAUUUUGUGCCUCCUCCUCCUCAGUAGUCAGGCCAGACAAGACCUUUCCUACAUGACCCACAUCUGUCCAGGCUCCUGCGUUUCUCACUUCUGGCAGUAUAUUGAUCGGUCACUGUUCCUGUACCUGUGGGUUGCAUUCUGGAUUUGACUUGGAUGCCAGAAUAAUGAAGUGUCUCGGACAGGGAGAGCCCAGCCCGGAGGAGCGUUGUCACCAUGCAGCUUCCGUGUCCCUCUGGUGGGGUUGAGGAGUGGGGCAGAUCUGUGGAGGAGAAGAAGGAAGAAGGUUUUCAUGAAACUUGUGAACUGAUGCCCGUCUCACUUCAUGACAUCAGAAGCCCUUAAAAGCCAGAACCAGGGACGUCCUCAGCAGACAGCACAGUCACAUGCAAUGGAAGAAGAUCCUGAUGUCACCUCACACACUGAGGGUCUGAAUGGUUUAUCACAUGAACAUAAACCUUUAGAAGAGAUCACCAAUGGACACUCAACCCAUAAGCCUGUCAUGAAUGGAGUAGUUAUAGGUCACAAUGGCACAGACCACACCAACGGCAGUGCUCCUCUCAGAUCCCUGCCGAUUUCAGCACUGAAGCAGAAUGGUCUCCUUCAGACUCUGUCCUCAGGUGGUGACAAGCUCCAGCCUGCAGAGGAAGAGGACAAUGCCGAGUUGAACAAGGCCAGGCAGGAGUGGGAGGCUCUGGAGAACAUUCAACCAGCUCUGACUGAGGACUCAAACCCAACUCCACUCAUCUCAUUCAAUGAAGCCCUGCAGUACUUCCAGACCACAGAUCUCGGAGACUUAUUGAAGAACAUCCAGCCAACGAUUCGUAGAACGGGCCUGGCUGCCAUCACACACUUUCUGUUUGGACCUCCUCGACUUCACAAAGAGCUCCUGGAGGAGAGGGACCUGGUUUUUGCCAUCGCACAGUGCCCUGUGGACAACAGCCAAACAGUCCACAUGCGUGUCCUGCAGACCAUUUAUAAAAGGCUGAUUGGAAGCAGGCUGGAUUGUCCUCGGUUUGGUGCACACUGGGAAAAUAUUGGCUUUCAGGGUACAGACCCAGCCACUGACCUACGUGGCACUGGUUUCCUUGGACUGAUGCACACUCUGUACUUUGUGAUGGACCCAGAGAUUUUACCGCUGGCUAGAGAUAUCUACAAGUUAUCACAACACCCUACGCAGAACUUCCCAUUCAGUGUGAUGUCAAUCAACAUGACCCGCAUUGCUUUGCAAGUGCUAAGAGAGGAGGCCCUGUCCAAAGAGUGCAAUCGUCGUCAGCAGGUGGUCGGUGUGCUGAAUGAGUUUUAUGUUGCCACAUACCUGCAUCUGUACCAGCUGUGGAAGACCCAGCAAAAGACCAUUGCUGACUCUGGCUUUGUUCUAAAAGAAGUGGAGCUUUUUGCCAAAAAGAACCCCAAGCAGAUGCUGCGCCGACUAGAGGUCUUCCUGAAAGAGAGGCGAGCAGGUGGAAUCCCCCGUGGGACGUCGCCGGACCCUCAGGCCCAACAGCCCUCGCCCAGCCUGGGGGGAGAGGCGAGAGCCGGAGCGGGGCAGGGAAGCAGGGGAAAGGAGAUGCACUUCACAGGAGUGUGCGAUCUCCCACCAGACACGGAGGGAGAGGCCAGAUUUAUCUAAGCUAGAGUGUGUGUGUGUGUGUGUGUGUGAGUGUGUGAGUGUGUGUGUGUGUGAGCUGUCCUGUCCACGAUGUCUUUUACUGUAAGUGUGAAUGUCUUUACUCAGAGCAAAGAGGAAGAGCUCACCAGUCCCUGAUCUGGGCUCUGUCUGAUGAACCCUACCUUCAUACACUUCUUCUCCUUCCACUGAGGCUGGAGUGCUGCACUUUGACCAGACGGAGUUCUGUUUGAGUUUAUUUUUUUCGUUGUAAGUUUUUAUCUUUAAGCUGGGGACGUAGAGUCGUCAAAUAUGUGAGAGAGGGUUUUUAAUGCAAGAUGUCACACAAUAUGAAAAGAAUAUUUGCACUUUUUUCUGUCAUUGUAGUAGCCGAACCAAGAGCUGCCAAUUUCUUUUUGUUUAUCUCUACCUGUCUAGAAGUCCAAAAUGUACACGUGUGUCUCCAGGAUCUCAGCCACAACAUGUUAACAAUGCAGAGGGGAGAGCAUGGCAAGGAGCAGCCAGUUUCCUGUCAGCACGAGAGGUAGAGAAGACAACGAACAACCCAGAGAGAUUACAGAGUCCUGUCAGCAGGGAGCAGAAAUUGCUACUUGUUUUUCAAAGAUGUUCAGAGGACUUUAAACAUGGCUUGAUUUGUUACUGGUUUUGCAUUCUGUUUAGAGUGAGAAACCCACAAAUGGUUAAUUAAUUCAGGUGUCUGGACGAAAAGCCAGUCGUUAGAGCACAACUGGUGUUUUGUUUUUACAGUUCUGAUAGGGUUCAGUCCAAAUCUGGAACUAUAGGGGACAUUUUCAGUAACAUUAGCCCUUUCUUAGCAAACAGCGGUUCAUUUUAAAGCGUAACUUCCCUGUUAUGUGCAAGAGCACUUCAGAAUUUGAUCAGACUUGCGGUCGAGUGACCGGUCAAAGGAUUUUAACUCUAAAAAUUCUGUCAGAGCAUCUAAAAGUUUUGAUUUCUCAGCUUGUUACGGGUGACGCCACAGAUUGUGUGCAUUUGGUUUGGUCCCAGCAGAAGCCAAGGGUCUGAACUUUCUCUACAUUCCGUUAUAAAGCAUGUGAUUGUACUUUUUUUUUAGUUUGUUUUGAACAGUUAGGUAAUGUUUCUGUGUGUGUGUGUGUGUGUGUGUGUGUGUGUGUGUGUGUGUGUGUGUGUGUGCGUGCGUGGUAAAAAUAACUGAGCUGAAGCUGAUGAAGGGUGCCUCUCCUCGGAGACGUAUGGUACAGUAUGCAAUCCUAGCUCUUUCUUUAUGAUAAUCAAAACACUAGUGCUGUGUGAUGAUAGAAGUCGUUCCUAAUUUCAGGGUUUGUGCACUCGUGCAAGCGAAUGUGUUCUUUUGCCGUAUGUAUGUGAGUCAUUUAACAGAAACAGACUACAGAUAGGGUGCUUUCUUUUUGUACACAGUGAGCCAGCUGUACUGGGAGCUCGGCUCUGCUGAGCUGCAGAUCUGGUACUAUAGUCAUCCUGAAAGUGGUACGUUCCAUUCGAGAUGACGAUAUUUAUCCCAAAACGGCAAACGUGUGUUUUGGUUUGAAGCGUUUCUGCUCCCUGAAACGGGCCGAGCUCCUCGGUAAAGCUGCUUCCUGCUUCGUGUUCACGUGAAACCAUCUCUCGUCGUCGUAGUCUCGAUCUGUAGCAUGUUCAGGUAGCACUAGUACUGUAGCAUCCUAAAGCCUCCUCCUCUUCGUAAAGCUCGUUGGUGUCAUGCCUCAGUUACAGUCUGUAGCGUCAAUGAGUGUGCAAACUGUUACUACUAUAGCACAUGCAUUUCAUCGUUUUCUUCUCAUCUAGCAGAUUUAGGCAGCGCAGUGUGUUUGGCACCGUGUGGCAGAAGAUCAUCGGAGGUGGUGAUAGUAAAAAAAAAAAAAGGUGCCUGCAUCAAACCGUGUGGGGUAGAUUGCUGCUUUGUCCUCCCUCCUCCCUCUUUUAUUUGAGCGAUCAUGCUACAUGUAGACCCUCCUGCGUUUGUGUAACGCUGCAUGCAGUUCUUCACCCAACACGCGGGGCCUCCUGGUCUAGUUUAAUCCACUGGCAUGUGAGCUUUCAUGGUCAACAUCUGCUCAGUUACUCUUCACCAUCUCACCUUUAUAACUUCAUGGAUUGAGCUUACAUAGUGAUGAUUGAUCUGGAUAAUUUGCACUGUUGUAGAUAUUUGAAACGUGUGAGGUAUGCAAGAGGAACUCUUCAAUAGCCAUAAUGUUCAUCUUCAUCAUCAUCGUCAUCGCCCAGAUCAUGAAACGGGCUUCCUGAAGUCCCAGUUUUUUUCUCCUGCCCCCCACCUUGCUCGUUACAAAAUAAAUUGCACCAUCGAUACGAUCUCAUGGUUUUAGUUUUAAUGCUUUUUAACGCUGAUGAGCGGUGCGGUGUAUGUAAAUCAGGAAGUUUGUAUAUAAAGAAUUAAUGAUUGUAACUGUAUGAUUGUCUGUAGGGCAUUAUACUGAAACACAUUGCUUACCUCAAAGACUUAAGACAAAUCUCCUUUUUCUCUCUGCUGUUUGGUUGUUUCUCCUCUCAGUCAGAAUCCUGCCGUUUCCUUUUUCUCACACCGUUUAUAUCCCCAUCCUGAAACACAACGCUUUUCUAUUAGUGCCACGAAAGCUGGUCGACGUUGGGUGUGUUUUACUUUCAGGCCCACUCGCUCUGACGCCCACCUGCGGAUAAAAGGUUCCUCAAUAAUCAAGCUUUAACUGGCCGACGUUAAAACAAGCUGGGUUUUCUCGUGGCUUCGGUGAUGGGACGUUAUAUACGUGCUGUGAUUGGGCGUUUGGUGUGGAGGACACGCAGAUCAGAAACGGUUCAGUUGAUGAUUGUGAAGAUGCAAGCUCACCAAGCAGUCAGAAAGCUGUGUGUUAUGCUGUGACCUUGGUAUAGAUUCAGUCCGAACAAGCCCUGAUUUAUGCACACACUGUCAAAUAAAGAGGUUGUUUUAGUUUUAGUAAUAGAUCACAUUAUUUAUGCUUUGACCAUCAUCUUGAGUUCUUUGUUUGAGAAACAGGAAGAAAAAAAAACGGGUUCUUGCAGGAUGUGCUGAGAGCUGUGGCCUGAACUUCUACGUCCUACAGCAGCAGCUCGACAAAUACAAUCACUUCUCUCAUUAUCCUGUUCUUUAUAUAAAAGGUCUUUUACUGUUGUCCUCAUGUCCCUCAGAGCAUCCUAGGACUAUUCGUUGAUUGUAGAAGCCCUAUUUUAUACUGAGAGUUAUUGCAGAAUAAAGUAUGUGCUGUUGUACAUUAAAUGUAUUGUAUGGAGAAAGCUAAAUAAAUGCUGUUUUAAAAACUAAA